AUGGUUUUAUACAAGAGAAAACAGGUGAAUUUUAUACGCCCUCCAAAGUUACCACAAGAUCUUAAUGUAGAAGUAUGGGUUAUUCCAGAAACGAAAGAAUGGUUCUACACUUAUGAAGAGUAUUUAUCUCGUCUUGAUUAUUAUAAACUGCGUAAGUUUGUAUGCGAAAUCACUGGGAAUUCGUGUCUUACUUUUUUCGAAGCUUUAGAAAGUGAAGCACGCGAAAUUAAAGGAGUUGAAAGAGACUUCCCAGAAGCUCUUCGAGAACAUAUACUUCGUUUUCUUCAAUUCAAUCGAAUCACUAGAUUGGAUCAAUUGGUUGAUAAAGUAUAUCUGGUGUUCAAAAAUGACUAUUUCCCCGGUGAAACCAUAUUCAUUAAAGGUCUGAUUGCUAACAUGGCAACUAAUACUGGUCCUGGUAGUCUGUCAAAGCAAAAGGGAACCAUUAGAGAAAAAGUACAAUAUAAUAACCCAGAUGGGAACCCAAAUGUAUUCCAAACGAAAUAUCUAGUUGUUAGACUUAAUGAUAUGAGACAAGCAAUUGUAACCCAAGAUAAAAUUUCAAGAGAUAGAAAUCAUUUCACAAAGUGGCUUAUAAAGACAUUCAUCAAACUUACAAUGACAAGAUCUCAUAAAGUUGGAGCUCCUUGGGUUGUUAAGGAUAAAUAUGCUAAGAAAUAUAGAAUUCCUCAAGUAUAUCCUGAAGAUCUUAAACAUUUUGAAAUUUUCACCCCAACUGGUGAAACUGUAUAUGAAAAUUCAGAAAAACCAUCUCCUUCACCUGAAGAUGGGAAAGUUUCUGGGAAUGGAACAGGAGGAGGAAAGGGUAAAAGACUGGCAAAUGGAUCUAAUGGUAAAAGUCAAGCUAAUGGAGCAAAGGGACUGAAAAAGAAAACCUCUGGUGGAUCAUCUGCAUCCUUGAAGAAUCUUAUAGAAAAGGACCCAGCCGGAACACCCCCACCAGUGGAAGCUUCAAAGAAAAAGAAGAAGACUCUCUCAUUUCCAACUCAUUAUCUCCCAGAAAAAGUUCAACGUGGACCUGAAGAAGAAACUAAUAUUGCAUCUGAAAGAUCUACCCCACAAGUUGCAGCAGCUAGUUCUACUCAACCAACACAAAAGACUAUUGUUGAUGAUUUCGAACUUAAAUUCGAUUUACAACGAACUAAACCAAUUCCUUCGAAAUAUUUAGGACAAGAACAUGUUGAGUAUUGGGCUGAAGAACAAUUAGAUGACGAAGAAGGUGAUGAACCUCAAAAAGAAGAAGAAGAAGUAAAAGAAGUAAAAGAAGAAGUAAAAGAAGUAAAAGAAGAAGUAAAAGUGGAAAAGGUUAAGGUCGAAAUAAUUGACAGUGAUGAUGAAGUAGAUAUUAUCAUGGAAGAAACUGAAACUGAACCAGAAACGACACCAGCGAUAGAAGUAAUCAACGAAUCGGAAGUUAAGGAAGAAUCCAUUGGAAAGGAAGUUCUUGACAAUAAGAUUACAUAUCCAACUUUCCCUAUACAACAAGCUCUUGAGUGUUGGGUGUUUUUAAACGUAUAUCAUUCUGUUUUAAAGCUUGAUACAUUUACUUUUGAUGACUUUGUACAUGCGAUUUCCUGGAAUCAUGACCAAUUCAAUGAAAUUGGUAGAUGUGAAUUACUUGAUGAGAUUUUCUGUGCAGUUUUGAGUGCAGUUGUUUCUAAUGAAAUUAAUAAGAAAUCAUCAUCCAAUCAUGAUAAUGAGAAUGAAAACGAUGAUGAUAUUUUUGGUUUAUUGGUUACUUUACCUCCAAGGAGUAUUUUUGAUAACUUAAAGCCAGAAAAGGGGGAUGUUAAGUUGAAUGAUGAUGAUGAAGAUGGUGAACAUGGAUCUGAUACUGAAACUGAAGAUAAACUGACACUUCAAAUUGACAAACAAGAAUCCGAUUCUGAAUCUGCAGAUGAUACAGAUGGAAAGGAAGAUUCCGAAGGAGAUGCUGAGAACCAAAACAAUGCUGACGACGAAGGGAAAAGAAAAGAAGGCGACGACGAAGAAGAAGAAGAGGAAGAAGUUUCUGAUGAACAUAAUGCAUAUACUGUAAUGAAUUAUCGAAAUACAGUUUGGCAUGACCGUCUUAGAAGAAGAACCUUCAAAGAUGGAAAUUGGCAAUGUAUCAUGAUGGGUGUUCUUUCAUUAGUUGAAUAUGUUCCUUCAUACCAAGAAACAAUUGAGGAAGUUUAUCGUAUAUUGGCACCAGCCGACGAACCUGCCACUCCAACUACUGUAUUGAAUCAAUUUUAUGAUCAAUUAGAUAUCAAAUUGAGAAUCAUGAGUUUGAAUAUUAUUAUUAGUCUUUUAUCUGGAGGUAGUAUCGUCAGAAGAUAUAUUGAUGAUUGUUUGGAUGCAUCUACAAGUCUCAGACGUGAUAGACUUGAUAAUAUUAGGGAUUGUAAGGCUUGUACUGAAGAAAUCAACCAACAACAUACUAUAAUUCAAGAGAAGUUAUUAGAGUCCAAGAAAGUUGAAGAAACUGAAUCAACUGAAGAAAGCAAAGAUGAUAUUAAGAAGAAACAACCAAUUGUUAAAUUGGAUUAUCUGGUGCUGGAAAUGACAGAAGAAGAAUCUGACUUAUCAUCCAAGGAUGAAACUUUCAAGAAAUUAUGGGAAGAAAAGAAAGAACUGUUGAUAAAAUUGGACAAUCUAAAGAAAUCCAAGAAAGAGAUAGAAAAGAAAUUAGUUGAAAUGGAUUGCCAAAGAGUGAAAUUACUUGGAAAGGACCGGUUCUGUAACAGAUAUUGGUGGUUUGAGAAUAAUGGACUUCCUACUUUGCAUGGAGGAUCUGCUGGUGACGACAACGACGAUGAUGAUGAAAAGAACCCUCAAGAUGAUGAGGAUGAUAUAGAAAAAGAUGAAGUUUUGGAUGAGACAUAUCUCAUGGGUAAAUUAUGGAUUCAAGGACCAUCCAAUGAAGAUUUGAGAUCUCUGUUGCAUUCAUCCAUUGAUGAAGCCAAAAGGUUUAGAGAUCUUGUUGAAGCAAAUAAGAAAAAGGUUCACAAUGAUGAUAUUGACACUAUGGAUGGUGUCGUUUUAGAUGAAUCAGACCCUGAAGGUUAUUAUGAAGAUGUAAAGAAAUCUGAAGAAUAUCAUGAGAUGGAUUUCACUAACCUUCCAAUUGAGUUUAGAGAAGCAGCUGAUGAAUUAUAUGGCCUCAAAUUCACUAAAAAACUGAUUCUUCAAAAGGAUGGUAACAAUGAGACAUUGUUAAUUGAUCAUUAUGGAGCUAUAGCAAUGAAUUCUGAAUGGAAAAAAUUGACUCCAGUGCAACGGAUGCUUUUGGAAGAGAGUCCAGACCCACUUCUUGAUGGAUCUGAUUGGCGAUUUUAUGAUAAACGUGAAGAUAUUCAAAAAAUCAUUGAUUGGCUUAAUCCAUGGGGUAUACGUGAAUCUGUGUUGCGUAAAGAACUUCUUGCUGUGAAAGAUGCUAUUGGUCAAAGUAUCGAUGCCAGACGGAAAGCAUUAUGGUUGGAUGAUGUUCCUGAAAAUGAAAAAGAAAUCGAAAAGAAUAUAAAUGACAUUAACACCAGACUCUAUUCCCUUGAACACCCCCUGGAGGAUAAGGGAAAAGAAGUAAAAGAAGGUAGUAAUGAUGAGCUGGUUAUUGGCGACGAAGAAGCUGGAUCCAGUAGUGCAGAGGAGGAAGAACUCAGACCAAGAAGUAGAAGAAGUGCGCAUGCCGCUGCAGUUGCUGCAUUCAAGGCUCAACCUCGUAAGCGUCAAAAGAUGUCUCCUGAACAUACCAUUCUGCACGGUACAGUUGAUGAAUUGAAUUCAUUGAAGGAAGAAUUAAGCGAGAAAUUACAAGAGAAGAAAAAAGAACGAGAACUCUCCAGAGUUUUGGAGUGGGUUAACAUGAGAGCAAGGGAAGAAUUCGAUAGAUCCCUUUACGAAGGUGGAGAUCGAACCAGGGGAAGUGCUAAAAGACAAUCUAAGCGUUAA